GUCAUUUUAUAUAUAUCUACUUCCGGAUCGGUAGUUACUGGUUAUUGUAAUCUUACAAAAUUGGAGCUGAUCGGUUCAAUUACGAAAGAAUUUUAAUGAAUUUAUGAAGAUAUUUAUUAUGAACAAUGUCAGAAAAGAUUUUGGAAGAGCUGAAAGAAGUAAAAGAAAAAAUCCUCUCUAUUCCCAACACCGAACUUAUAUCAUGUGUCCCUGCUAUUGUCCAAAUCAAGAUUACUUUAACAAAGUAUAAACAGCUGGUUGUAUGUAUGCAAUUUUCUGAUAAUUAUCCCUACGAUUGCUUGCUAGUGGAGCUUAAAAGUAAACUUUUAUCAGAUAAUUUACUUCAGAAAAUGACAAAAAUAUGUGAAGAGGAAUUACGUAAAUUUGAGGGUGAAAAACAAAUAAUUCAUCUUGUUAAAUUUGUUAAAAACUUUAUUAUUGAUAAUCCGUUAUGUGUUUGUAGUGAUGAGAUAUUAUCACUUAAAAAUUUAUUGACAGACGGAGAUGAAAUUAAGCUUAAACAAAAAGUUUCAAAAAUUAUUUUAAAGCUUCGUGAAGGAUCUUAUAUGAUAAAUAGCAGUUUUACAAUACCAAAUGACUAUCCGGUCAGUAGAAUAAAUGUUACAAUAAGUGAUUGUAAUUUACCAGAAGUGCUAAGAGUUAAUUGUGAAAGUCAAUGUCAGGAAUUGGCAAGAAGAGCUGUAGAGCCUCCUUUGAAAAGAAAAUCUUCUGAUCCUCCAUUUGAACCGACUCCCUCUCUUCUUAAAAUAUCAGAAUUUAUUAUAAACAAUGUUAUAAGAAAAUAUCCCACUAUGCUGUGUCCUUGUUGUCAUAAGUCAGCUCUUCCAGCAGACGCUAUGGAUGUAGUCAAAGAUCAUCAGGCAGACCAGUUUGUAGAAAGAGUAUAUUGUGGACACCUAUUCCAUCAUAAAUGUAUAGACGAUUAUAUGAAAACUCCUCCAUUUACUGGCGGUAAAAAAUGUCCGAGUUGCGGAAGUAGGAUAUUUCACGACAAAUGGAGAGCCACGCCUGAGUUGGCUGAAGCUAGAUGGGCUCAUAAACAAGCCAGGCAACGAGAAUUAGACGAGGUUGUUGAUUUUCUUGGAUAA